ACUCCAGACCCUGCAGAGCCGCAGCCAGCUGCACAGGAGACGAUGGGAGUGUAAACCGAGGACGAACAUGAGCACAGAUAUAUAGCUUAAAAAAAAAAAACAAUAAUAGCAACCUGACGUUUUAUAAUUAGAUUCUACAACUUUGUACUGGAUGCUGAGAUGCGCAGAAAGUGACGGGGAUCCUCACCGCUUCUACAGUCCUCAUCCGAGUUAUAAAACGCCAUGAAAGACGACUUUGGAGACGAGGAGGAAGUACAGUCUUUUGGAUACAAGAGGUUCGGGAUCCAGGAGGGAACCCAGUGCACUAAGUGUAAGAAUGAGUGGGCGCUGAAGACCUCCAUAGCUCUUCUCUAUGUGCUCUGUACGCUCCUCACCAUCGCUGUUGCCGUACUUGGAUAUAAAGUUGUACAAAGAGUCGACAGUGUGUCUGAAGGUAUUGCAAACUAUGGCGGAAAGAUAAAUGCUGUUGAAAGCGAUUUAAAAAAGCUAGAUGAUCAAACCGGCGAGAAGUCGGAGAAUACCACCACGGAGAUCCAGGCUUUUAAGAGCAACAUCUGGAGUCUCCAGAGGCAGCUGUCUGCGGUGGAGGAACGCAUCCACAGCGAUCAAGUUAAGCUGAAUCAGCUGCAGAGCAUCGGCUCCGACAUCCAGAGCAGCCAGGGCUCCAUUCAAGGACUGCUCAACAGCAACACGGCCGUGCUGCGCUCCGUAAACGGCACCCUGCAGUCUUACGGCAGCGUCAUCAAGGGCCUGCAGGAGGACACAGCCAGGCUGCAGAGGGAGCUCCAACAGCAGGUCAAACUCCAAAACCAGGCACUGUUCAGCACCAGCAACCUCAACCUCACUCAGGCCCAGCAGAGAGGCCUCAUCGCCGCUCUGCAGCGCUCCGUCGACGACACCAGCCAGAGCAUCCAGAAAAUGCGCAAUGACUUUCAGAGCUUGGAGCAGACGACCCGUCAGACGGUCUCUGAUUCGGAGUGGCUUCGCAGCAAAGUUGAAAACCUGCAGGUCUUGGCCAACAACGCUUCGACUCUGGCCAGGGCCAAUAACGACAGCCUGGAGGACGUGGGGGCUCAGCUCGCUGUCAUGACCAGCCAGCUGCAGAACACCAGCAGCCAGGCCGAGGCCCACGACCAGACGCUGAGGGAGGUCAUGGACCGACAGAGGGACUUCAGCAACGGCACGUCUGCAAAGUUUGACCGGCUGGAGGUGCGGCUGGACGAGAUGGAGCAGAGUAUGGACCGCGUGACUGGCAACAUCAGCUUCACCACGCAGCUACUGGGGGCCAUCAACCUCAACCUGAACGACUUGCGCACUUGCUCCGAGAUGGUCGGCCGUCACUCAGACUUCCUGCAGAACCUCAACAGUAGCGUGACGGAUGUGAGGACAGACGCUGCCAGUCUCCGGUCGCACCAGGAAGAGCUAGCAGCCCGUUUGGACAAAGAGGUCACCAGUCUCUCUAUUGUCAUGGAGGAAAUGAAGCUGGUGGACACCAAGCACUCACAACUUAUAACCAACUUCACUAUUUUACAAGGCCCCCCUGGUCCCAGAGGGCCCAAAGGGGACAGAGGAUCUCAGGGACCACCUGGGCAGUUUGGCCAAAAGGGAGAGCGAGGAGAAAAGGGAGGUCCAGGGAUACGAGGACCCAGAGGAGAGCAGGGUAACCCAGGACCACAAGGGGCUGCAGGGCCCAGGGGUCUCCCCGGCUUACCUGGCAGUCCUGGCUCCAAGGGCUCAAGGGGGUCCGGGGGCCGGGCCGGGCCUCCGGGACCUAAAGGAGAGCCAGGUUCUGCUGGUCUGCCUGGAAGAGACGGACAGCCCGGUCCUCAGGGAGCACAAGGCCCACCAGGCAUCCGCGGCCCGAUUGGACCAGCUGGAGAAGAGGGGCCGAGGGGACUGCCGGGGCCGGUGGGGCCUCCGGGGCCAGUCGGACCACCAGGGCAGCCAGGAUUCCCACUUCAAAAUCCAGUAAUUCCUUUUGGACCUGUGUCGAUGCAUGACGAGGCAAUGCCUCCUGUACUAUGGGCCCCAGGCUGCCCUGCAGAGUGGUUGAACUACAGGGACAAGUGCUACUUUUUCUCCAAAGAUCUGAAGAAUUUUGACGAUUCAAAAGUGACCUGUGAAUCGAAGUCUGCGUCGUUACUGAUCAUCAAUGACAGGGAGGAACAGAAAUGGCUGAGGAAGCAGGCGCUUGGAAAGGGUUACUUCUGGAUGGGCCUGACGGACAGGGAGGAGGAGAACGUUUGGCGCUGGCUGGACCGGAGUGAACCCGGUUUUACAAACUGGAAGCCCGGCCAGCCUGACAACUGGGGUCACAGCCAUGAAAUAGGAGAAGACUGCGCGGGUCUGAUCCACGAAGCUUUAUGGAACGAUUUCUUCUGUGAAGAUCUCAUAAGCUACAUCUGUGAGAAGGAUAAGGAGGCUUCAAUACCUGCUGUGUCAUAGCAGCGUGUUAAAAGCGAGCCCACAGUGAGCAGCUAGACUUCACCCAUGUGGCACCGCUCCACUGACGCAGCACAUGGACGUCCGUACGGAGACAGCAAAGGGACAUUUUUGGAGACCCGGGCUGCACUAGCAAACGUCUCUCUGACACUUUCCCCUCCAGAGUGAAGGCAGUCCAUUAUUACCAGCAAGUGCAAUACAGCAGGCCAGCCAAAGGAGGAGAAUCUGUUUGAUAUUUUUUUUAAAUUACGAAAUCACCAGCUGAUUUAUAUAUAGAUAUAUUUUUAUGGUUAUGUGAAAUACAUUUUAUAAAACUGUACUCCAUGAGCAACUGAAUAUCUGAAUGUAUAUUUCAUUAUGCAAGUUUUGUAGGGAAGUAUAAAUGUUUUGAAGCCAACUGGACUUACUGUAAUGCUUUUCUAUGUUGCUGAGAAUAAAAGUGGAAAAAGAUGCGCCAAAAAACUCUGUUGCUGGUAA